GUCAAAACCAAGUCAAAACUGAAAAACAAAACACUUUUUGUGGGCAAUCGUGUAAAAACUGAAGAAUAAAUAUAGUGAUUUUAUGCUCUUUGAAUAAAUAAUAUAGUUGACGGUGAUUGUAUUGUAUUUAACGUUUAACUUACAAUUCGCUAUAUUCUUUGAAUAUUUGAUUUGCCUGACUACCGUGCAGAGUCGCCAUGCCGCCUAAGAAACAAAACAAAAAGGUGGAGUGCCUGACGCCGUACCAAGGCAAGAAACGGUGUUUUGGGCAGUUCAAGUGCCCCACUUGUAACCGCACGUGGGUGUCAUCCCACUCGUGGGCCAAUUUCGGCCAAAACUGCACUAAGUGCCAAAUAAACGUUUAUCCUCAUAUACAGAUGCCACUUAAUAAACCAGGCUAUAUGGGGAAGAAAAUUGACAAAAAGAAGCGUCAUCCCCAAGAGUUGUGCGAAAAAUGCCGUAGUUUGGGGCGCUACUGCGACUCGGAACUGUCGGAACCUGUUGAACCUGCUCCUGGUCGUCGCCGACGACGCAGACGCCACUAAAUUCCGGAAGGAAUUAUAAUAUAGUUGGACUAUGAAUUAUGAUUUUUCGGGCUUAAACCCUAACCCCCUUAUUCGUAAACGCACUUCAAGCCUCAAUUCACGUAUUAUCCCUUUCUUACAAAUACAUGAGUCUAAUGUUCGAUUAAGAGUAUUUAGACUAACGAUUAGGUAAAUUGAGGCGUAGCGCGCGCGUGAAUGAAUAACGGCAUAAAUCUGUUAAGUAAAGACAUUAUUUUUUAAGCAGUACGGUUAGCUACCGAAAACAUGGUUUUCAUUCUGAUUGGGGUUUAUAACAUCCUGUAGCUGGACACUCUCUACUGAGAGGGAAAGAAAGGCAUUAAGUAUGUUAUUUCCUUGUCGUUCUUG